AUGAAGACCACCAGCUACGUUUCUGCUCUUCUCGGCCUGGCCUCCGCUGUCAGCGCCCACUACACCUUCGACAAGCUCACCCUCAGUGCCAAACAAGAGGGUACCGACAACCAGUACAUCCGCAAGCACCAGAACGGUUACAUGCCCACCAAGUUCAAGGGCAUCCCCGACGGUUCCAUCUCGCCCAACGACAAGGACUUCACUUGCAACAAGGGCAGCACCGCCUCCGCCGACGUCUUCAAGGUCAAGGCUGGUGAUGAGAUCGGUCUCAAGCAGGCUUUCGGCGGUACUGGUAUGCAGCACCCUGGUCCUAUCCAGGUUUACGCUGCCAAGGUUGACGAUGCUACCAAGGCUGACCCCUCCAACCUCGACUGGUACAAGAUCCAUCAGGCUCUUGUCUGCAAGGCUGGUACUCCUGAGCAGCUCCGUGGCCCCUCUUGGUGCUCUUGGGAUGAGGACUCUGUCCACUUCAAGAUUCCCUCUACUCUCCCCGAUGGUCAGUACCUCGUCCGUGGUGAGCACAUUGCCCUCCACGGCGCUCACGGUGGUGAGGCUGAGUUCUACUACGCCUGCGCCCAGGUUGAGGUCUCUGGCAACAGCGCCUCCAGCAUCCCCGGUACCUCUGUCAAGAUCCCUGGUGUCUACAAGCAGGACGAUCCUGCCGUCAACUUCUCUCUCUGGGGCUCUUCCACUGCCUACGACGUCAUUCCCGGUCCCGAUGUCAUUCCCGGUGGUACUAUCCGUGGUACUGCUGACGGUGCCUCUGGCGAUGUCGAGAAGGUUGUCGAGGGUGGUGCUUCUUCUUCUGCUCCCGCUCCCGCUGCUGAGUCCCAGGACCAGAACCAGAACCAGAACCAAAACCAGAACCAGCAGCCCCCCCAGAACAACAACGACUCCGGCUGCAACUCUACCCCUUACGUCCGCCGCCACGCCCGCGAUGUCGUCCCCCGCAUCUAA